ACGUAACACCAACUGAUACAAUAGCACCACCAUCUCAAACAACUGAUGAAACAACAGUAACAACUGAUAAUUCAUCAGACGGACUACAACAGAUAACAGCUCAAUCGAUAGUAGCUGGUGUUUUUUUGUUUAUUGUAGGCUUUAUUUAUUGUUUUUUUGGUCGUAAACUUUAUCGCAUCACCUUGUUUAUUUUGGGAGCUAUUAUUGGAUCAUAUAUUUCUUAUCUUAUUCUUAUUGAGGCACAACCACAGUCAGGUUACACGUCAGAACCAUCGAAGAAUUCAUUAAUAAUUUUAUUAGUUUCCUUAGCUAUUGGAUUCAUAGUUGGGAUGUUAUUAAUAUGGUGCGCAACGGUUGCUAUUUGGUUAUUGGGAUUAGUUUCUGGUUGGGCGUUGGCCAAUUUUAUACUUGCAUUAGCUGAUGGUGGAUUGAUUAAGCAUGAUAUUGGUAGAAUUGUGUUUAUUGUAACGUUGGCCACUCUGGGACUUAUUUUGACAUGUAUAUACGAGGAUGUUAUAAUUACUUUGGGUACAUCGUUUAUUGGUGCUUAUGCAAUGAUUCUUGGUAUUGACAUGUUUGUCAAUACAGGUUUUCUCUUGUCAACUAGAGCAUUUUUGGAUAAGACUCCUUAUGCCACAAAUCAAAAAGUUUAUUUGAUGAUGGGUGGAUUGGUUGGGCUUUUUAUUGUUGGAUUAUUGGUACAAUUUAAAUUUCAUAGAAAUAUUAAAUUUGGACCUCGACGUGUUAAAGGAUAUGAUAGAUCUGUCGAGGACGAUCAUACUCCGGUUACAAAGAAAUCAGGGUAUGCUACUACAUUUGCUAUUGGAGAGAAUUUACAUGUCAAUGAACAAGAAAAUAACAAUGGGAAAGAAGAAAAAGAUGGUGGUGAUGAUGGUAGAAAAGAAGGAAAGGAAGUAAUGAUCAAAGAAUCAAUCAUAGUUGAUGGAGAGAUAAUACCACCUAAACCAGAAUUUCCAGACAAUUGUUGUAUGAGUGGAUGUGCACAUUGUGUAAUAGAUAUUUAUAACGAAGAUUUAGAAGAAUGGGAAAAAAAAAUUAACCAAGUAAAAGAAAGAUUGAAGAAAAAAGGGAAAACUUUACCGUCAAAUAUAUUUCAAAAAAAUGGUGAGGAUGAUGAUGAUAACAGUAAUGUGAAUGUUGGGUUGAAAGUUUUUAUGGAAUUAGAAAAUUUAUCUGAAUUUGGUUUGAUUAAUCCAUGCCAAUCAAUAUCUAUGAAUCUUAUUGCUUCUCCCAGUGUUCAAGAUGAUUGUCAUUACUACUGA